UCAUGGACUACAAAAAGAAGCGAUGCAAGUGAAAGAGACAAUAUUGUUUCUCAGUGAUUUUGCCAAAAUGUCUCAAAAAGUUCCUUUUGAAAUAGAUGUCAAUGCACCUGGUGGACUGAUGCCACAAAUCCAGGCAUUGAUUGCACCACCGUCAUCGGAUGACUCUAGCUCAUUGAAGCUCAAGAGAGAGAAAGAGGAGAGGAAACAUGUUUAUUUCAAGAGACCUGGCAGAGGACACAACAGGGAUUCUUGUGAUGCCUGCCACGAUGGGGGAGAAUUAAUUUGUUGUGAUAAAUGUCCAGCAUCGUUUCACUUGCAGUGCCACGAUCCACCCUUAGAGGUGUCCGACAUUCCAAAUGGAGAGUGGAUCUGCCAUGCUUGCAGAUGUGCGUUAAAAAAGGAUAAUAUUACCGGCAAUAAGAGAAAGAAAAAGUCUGCUCUCGAGGUCUUGGCACUUGCGGCAUCGCUGUCUAACCCUAGAGAGUUUAGUUUACCCAGAGAAUUACAGUUACCCAUAACUUUUCCCGGCACAGAUAAGAUAGAUCCUGUAUCUUACAAAAGAGGAAGGCACAACAAUAACUCAGCAACACUGAACGGAAAAAUUCAAUACUACGAAAAUGGGUCGAUAAUUCCAUUACCAGCAAGACUAUGCUUUGAAUGUGGAAAAAGUUGCAGGAAAGCUCCUCUCAUUGCUUGCGACUACUGCCCAUUAUAUUUUCAUCAAGACUGCUUAGAUCCUCCACUCACGGCAUUCCCAAGUGGUCGAUGGAUGUGUCCAAACCAUUUGAAUCACUUCAUUGAUCAGAAUUUGCUCAAAUCGUGUGCAGCAACCGAAAGAAUCAAGUUGUGGGAUAAAUUUGCUCAUCAGAGAAUCGAUCAACACGCAGUCAAACUGCAAUUUUUAAGGAAAGCUCACUCUGCUAAUCCCCCAUUUAGGAUAAAAGUCACGCAUAACCAAAAAUCUAGAGUGAAAGUUCCCGCUAGCGUCAAGUAUCACUAUGCGAAUCCGCCAGAACUGGAAUUUUGUAAUCUUUACAGGCCAAAUAGUUUCAUAUGUCCUAUCACUGCCAAAAAAAUUGUUUGUACAGAUAAUUCUAAGGAUGGUUGCGAAGCUGUACAGGCAGAAAAGAUUUUAAAACUGGAGAAUGAGGUGAAUGAUAUCACGGACAAUGGCGUCUCAGGAAGUGAAAAUGAAAAGGAAAAAAUGGAACAGAAUGGUGAAGAGAAAAUAAAGGAAAAAACGAAAAAAACUGAAAUAAAGGAGAAUAAUAUUAUUAUUCCUGAAAUAACUGGAGUAAAUGAAAAUGAUGUAAUGAAUGUAGAUGGUGGUACUAGUGAGGUUGAAGAAGUUAUUGAAAUUAAUAAAAGAGAUGAUGCACAAUGUGAAAUAGUACAAAACGACAGGACUGCUGAAGUGGUGCUUGGUAAUAAUUGUGAAAGUGAACAAUACUUGGAAGACAAUGUUUUUAUUAAUAGUGGCUUAGGUUUAAGCGUGAAAGAAGGAAUAAGUCUUUUGGAAAGACCUGUUUUGGAAGCUUUGGCACAGCAGAGGGUAGAGCAAAUAUUAAAUCCGAGUGGCGAGUGUUAUAAAAAUUUAAACACUUCAUUUAAAGCUAGAGCUUUGAUGUUUCCUUUAGGGCAAACUGGGGGUCCUCCUGUAUUUAUGACUAGGAAAACUUUCAACAUUGGAACUGGUGGUGAAUCAGAUUUGCUACUCAGUCAUUAUGGUUCAUGCGAUUUUGUAUCGCCAAAACAUGCAAUUAUUUUUUUCGAUGAGAUAUCAAGAAGAUAUGAAAUGUUAAAUUACAGUGAACAUGGAACUAUCGUUGAUAAUGUUUUAUAUUCUUGCAACUGCAUACAUCCAAGUGAUUUUGAAUUGAUAGAUGCUUCAAAAGAUGCUUAUCUUAAAACUAAAGAACAAGACACAGUUGAAGUAAUACGGAGAAUCGCCAAUAAAAAUAAGCCCGCUUCGAAUAAUAAUCUUAACAAAGAAUAUAACUGCAAAUGUGCAAAUAAAAAAAGUAAUCGGGGCGUUGAUGGUAAUUACAGUGACCAGGGAUGGGAGGGCAGCGCAAUGGUGGAUCACGGUUCUGUUAUAACGUUUGGAUGCCUAACCUUUGUGUUCAGUGUUGUAGAUCAAUUUAAGAAUCGAUAAUACUCAAAGCUGUACAUACUUUUAUUGUAAUAAUUAUUAUUUAUAGUUUUUAACGAGCAAAUUACUGUUUUUAUUAACACCGUCAAAUGGUUUUGAUUAUUGAGAUAUUGUUCGAUUUGCAGGGAAAUGUAAAUAAGGUUCUGCAGGUGUCUAUAGAUUUCAACCCUGUUUGAUAUUUUAUUGAUUAAAACAUAGGAUUUGCUCGUUCUGGUAUUACUUGUACAUAUCAAUUUUUUGCUGCAUUAAUAAGAAUCGCGUUUGCCUGCGCAUAUUAAAGACUGAGUGACUAUGAAUAUGAUCAAAACAAUAACAGAUAAUCUGUUAUCCAUCAAAGCAUUGUUUGCGCUCCUUCAUUUUAUAAUGACACUACAACACACGUUCGACGA